AUGGGUACACGUAGAGUGUCGUCACCCAAUGGCGACUUUACUCUUUUCUUCACCAUUCAAAGCCCCUUCUCGAACUUCCAUCCGUGUCGUUUCCAACAGACCGCAAUGGAUGGUUCAAGAAGGCGGUUCACAUGCGUUGAACAGUACUACAUGUAUAGCAAAGCUCUGUCGGCCGGAGAUAAAACAGCUGCUGAACAAAUAAUGUCAGAACGCGAUCCGAAGAACAUGAAACGAAUCGGCACGAAGAUUGAAGGAUUUGAUCGGGAAAGGUGGGAUGGCAUGAGCACAUCUAUCAUGACCCUUGCCUUAGAAGCGAAGUUCAUGCAAGACACUCAAAUGCGUUACAUGCUGUUUUUGACUCACGGUUCAAGGCUUGUCGAAUGUUCACCGUCUGACGUCAUCUGGGGCAUAGGUCUCCCAAUCAACAGCCCAGAUGCCGUUAAUCCUUCGCGAUGGCGUGGUAAAAAUCGUCUGGGAAGCCUUAUGGAUGCUGUACGAGAGAAAUUAUGGGUCAUGGAUGAAUACAGAGCAUUACGCGACGAAGUCGAAACACAAAUGAAUUUGUUCCCUGGUUACGCGGAUUUAUAUUUCUCUUCAAAAUUAACGAGGUAG